AUGGCGAAUUUCGCGUCGCCAGCCAUUUUAGGUUCCUUUCUGCUGUGGACAAACCUCUACUUGCUUCUCUGGGCAUUUCUCCGUCACCUGCGCCAGUCUGAGGCGACUGCCGAGUCCGCGUGUAGGGCGGUUACCGUCCUGCACGCCCUCCUGCUCUCCGGACUCGGCCUCGCGUCCAUGUUCUUCUUUGGCCCCUGGCCGUUCGACGCGAACAAUCUAGCCAAGCCCAACACACAGCUACACACGGACACGAUCGUCCUCUCCCUGGGUUACUUCCUCUUCGACUUUUCAUGGUGCGUGUUGACCAAGACUGAGGGUCUCGUCAUGCUGCUGCACCACGCCGUCUCCAUCUUCGGCUUCGGCUACGUUCUCCGCUCGGGCCGCUACGGCUGCGAGGCCACGGGUGUCCUGGGAGUCAGUGAGCUAACCAACCCCCUGCUCCAGUUGAGGUGGUUCCUGAAGCGCGGCGGACUGUACUCGGGAGCCGUGGAGCGUGCAGUUGACUGGACGUUUGCCACGCUUUUUUGUUGCAUACGUCUCGGCAUUGGCAGCGCCUUCUUUCUCUUUGUCCUCUUCCCCGCCUCGCAGGUGGAGACUGUUGUUCGGUUAGGUUCAACAGGAUUUUAUGUCAUUAGUAUCAUAUUCAGCUUCCAGAUCGCUCUCUAUAUGUACAAUAAAUAUUUGAAGAAUAUAAUCUAA